UGGCUGUCGGUGGUAUCAGAGGUACUAUACAUCAUGCUGUUGGUGGUCGGGUUCAGUCUCAUGUGUCUGGAGCUGUUUCAUUCCAGCAACGUCAUCGACGGACUUAAACUCAACGCCUUCGCUGCUGUUUUCACCGUGCUCUCAGGUCUGCUAGGCAUGGUGGCCCAUAUGAUGUACACCCAGGUUUUCCAGAUCACAGUUAGUCUGGGUCCUGAAGACUGGAGACCCCACUCCUGGGACUAUGGAUGGUCCUUCUGCUUGGCAUGGGGCUCCUUCACCUGCUGCAUGGCAGCUUCCGUCACCACCCUCAACUCUUACACCAAGACGGUCAUUGAGUUCCGGCACAAGCGCAAACUGUUCGAGCAGGGUCUCAGGGAGGAGCAGAACUACCUCGACCAGGAGGCCUUCCAUUACUUCAGGGACCGCUCCCUCCAGUCCAUAUCCAGCUCCAUGGAGGUCUACCCUGGGCACGGGGGAGGAAGGCUGCCUGGGGGGCCUGGAGGCCUGGCGGGGUCCGGGCUGGUUGGAGUACCAGGGAGAGGGAAGAUGAGGGGGUCCUCAGGUUCCAUCGACCUGGGAGAGAACUCUGAGUCCCUGGGGGAGGAACAGUGCUGA